AUGAUGCGGUACUUUGUGGACAUGCUGAAGAAGAAGAAGAAUGUUGACGUGAGCAAGGACCAGAAGGCAUUGGCCCGUCUGCGCAAGGCUUGCGAGGCGGCAAAGCGACAGUUGUCGUCACACCCUGAGGCGCGCGUGGAGGUGGACAGUCUUACAGAGGGUUUUGACUUCAGUGAGAAGAUAACGCGCGCGAAGUUCGAGGAGCUGAACAUGGAGCUGUUCAAGGGGACGCUGGUGCCGGUGCAGCGCGUGCUGGAGGACGCCAAGCUGAAGAAGAGUGACAUUGACGAAAUUGUGCUUGUUGGUGGCUCGACCCGCGUACCGAAGGUGCAGCAGCUGAUUCGAGACUUCUUUGGUGGCAAAGAGCCGAACCGUGGUAUUAACCCCGACGAGGCGGUUGCGUACGGUGCGGCGGUGCAGGCGGCAGUGCUGACCGGCGAGAGCGAAGUCGGUGGGCGUGUGGUGCUUGUGGACGUGAUCCCGCUCUCGCUUGGCAUUGAGACAGUGGGUGGUGUCAUGACGAAGCUGAUCGAACGCAACACGCAGAUUCCCACCAAGAAGAGCCAGGUGUUCUCGACGUACCAGGACAACCAGCCUGGUGUGCUGAUUCAAGUCUUCGAGGGUGAGCGGCAGAUGACAAAGGACAACCGUCUCCUCGGAAAGUUUGAGCUCUCUGGUAUUCCUCCGGCGGCACGCGGUGUGCCGCAGAUUGAGGUUACGUUCGACGUGGACGAGAACAGCAUCCUGCAGGUGAGUGCGGUGGACAAGUCAUCGGGGAAGAAGGAGGAGAUCACCAUCACGAACGACAAAGGUCGCCUGAGCGAGGAGGAGAUCGAGCGCAUGGUGCGCGAAGCUGCGGAGUUCGAGGAGGAGGACCGCAAGGUGCGGGAGCGCGUUGACGCGCGCAAUUCGCUGGAGGGCAUCGCAUAUUCGCUGCGCACCCAAGUGAACGACAAGGACAAGCUCGGUGGCAAGCUGAGCGCGGAUGACAAGAGCGCCGUGGAGGCCGCUGUGAAGGAGGCGAUCCAAUUCCUCGACGAGAACCCCAACGCUGAGAAGGAGGAAUACGACGAGGCACGCGAGAAGCUGCAGAGUGUGACGAACCCGAUCAUCCAGAAGGCCUACCAGGCUGGGGGAGGUGCGGCUGACGAAGAGAAGCUAGACGUCUUUAAUUCUUGA